ACGGAGAUUGCUUUCUACGCUGCACCAGGCACUACAUGAGCACCUUCAUGCCUGCUAUGGGAUUCAAGGAGCACGGAUAAUCUCGAGUAAUUUCUCCGAGUCAGUGAAAGCUGCCUCGGAUCUUUCUGUCAUGGCGGCAGCGUGUUCAAACGUCUCCGCUGAGCACAACGUCCCGUGUGGAAGGGAUGGCAAUCCGAAUAACAAGCAUCACCACCCUCCUAGAAUCAUCACUGCAGGGGAAUCCUCCAGUGAACCAAGAACCUUCAAUUACCUAUGACCCAAUUGGAGACAACCCCAGUUCAUUUUCCAAGCCUUUUCCCAUACUGAUACACAAGGUUGUGCUAUCGGUGCUGAAUGAAAUCGAUUCCGGAUCAGAAUCGAUUUCGCAAUUUACUGCGUUGAUUGAAGAUUCAAGGAUUUCGAGGGCCGUCGAGUCUGUCCUGAACGCUAUAAAAAUAUGUUAUAAGUCGGCCGAUCACAUUUUUUGUUCCCCUGAUGCACCUCGCAUCCUUUCAUCAACACGGGAAUUGCUUUCUAUGUUACGCCAGGCUCUUCACGAGCAUUUGCAUGCAUGUCAUGGGUCUCAAGGAGCACGGACGAUCUCGAGCAGUUUCUCCAGGUCAGUGAAUUGGUUUCACAUUUAUCAUGGCCUGCAGUUCUUGUGCAACUCCUGCACCAUACUAUGUUUCCAGGGAGUUGCCUCGAAUACUUCUCUCAUGGGAACGGGGCGUUGAGACAUCUUCGCAUAUGGAUGGGAUGAUCACUCUGAUGAUAAGUGUC